AUGACGAGUAAUACUAAUAAUAAUACUGAUCCAAGUGAAAAAUUUCCUCAAUUAUACGAGGUGUUUUUAUAUAAGAAAAAGGAUAUAAUAGCAAUUCAAGAAAAACUUGGUAUCAAUAGUAAUACAUUAAAGCAAAUAGAACACGAGCCCGAUGGAAAAACACUUGAUGAUUCAUAUAAAUUGUUGUUAAAAUUGGUGGGGAAUUUAAUACCUAUACAGGGAAAACUUGGUAUAGAUAUCAAUCCCGUUUUAGAAGCGGAACUUAGAAGGGAUAAAGCUUCUUCAGAUAAACUGAUUAGAUUAUUUGAUUUGCUUUUAUGCUUAGAAGACGAUAUAGCGACAAUUCAGGAAAAAAUCAGUAUUGUUGGCUAUACUAAUCAAGAAAUAGCAGAAGAAGCCUCCGAAAUUUUGAGAAAUUCCAUGGCCCCUUAG